UUAUUCUGACGUUGGCAAUUGUAUUUCAACGAGGUGGAUUACGAAUGAGUUGAACAAGUGAAGUGAUAAAUUUUACUUUGCAAAUCGCUCUUUUUGUGCUUUAACUGGGUAAUGCAAGUAUGUAUUGUUGUUAGAGAAGCGCAAUUGAAUUAAUUGUGUCAGCUACUUGUAGACGUGAAAUACAAGAAUUAAAAACAUUUGGAAUGAAGAAGGUGAAAUUGUGUACGGGCUUACUAGAAUUUGUACCAAUAUACCUGUUACGAUAUUUAGCUUAUACUUUUGCAAGAAUGACAGACUCUAUGAAAUUUGGACCAGAAUGGCUGCGUAACAUGUCGGCGGAUAAUACAAAUUCUAAUUUGUUGUCCAGUGUAGGUACGUCGUUAUCUAAUAGCGGUAAUGUAAUGACAACCUCAUUUUCAAAUAACGGUGGCAAUGGAAGCGGAUCUUUUGGUAUAACAUCUAAUGUGUCAUCAACAGCUACCACGCCCUAUUCUUUUGCUUUGGCACCUCGAAAUGCAUUUCCAGAAUUUCGUUAUGGUCGUGAAGAAAUGCUUUCAUUGUUCGACAAAAAUUAUAACAUGCCUGAAAUAUUACCAACGUUUAAGAAGAUUUUCAUUGAGAAAGUGCAAUUACCACUCGCUCUGACGCCAAGUACUGACGAAGAGCUUCUGCCGCAAGUGUCUCCUGUCUCAACACGGCAAUCGUGGAUACUGCGCUCGCCAGUUGGUUUCAGUAGCUCUACUAGGGGCGCUGGUAGAGGUGGCUCUGUGGAUCGGGGGCGAAUGCGCGGUAAGCCUAACUAUCAUCAAAUUUAUCAACGACCAACCGCUGUGUUCGGUGAUGAUGACCCACGGUCAGUGCCAUUGAAGUCUGAUCGCGGUUGGUCGGAGCGCAAUGGCGGUGGAGAUUCACUUAAUCCAGGUGGAGCUUACGUUUGUGGAAUUGGGGGUUCAAAUUCUGAGUGGAAUAGCACACCGACCUCUAGCCCAAGAAAGGAUAUAUCUGGUCACCCACGAAAUAUGGAAAACUGGCGUCGGAAUCGAAAUGAAGAUGGUUCUGGUGAUGCAUCAACUAGUAGCUUAAGUAAUACUGAAGGUUGGCGUGGUGGAAGCGCCACCGGAGGAAGUUUUGUUGCAACACAUCGUUGGGGUCGUUCGACAAGCUGGCGUGAUGAGGAUAUGUCAUCUACUAAUUCCAAUGACGUAGGAUAUGUCAAUAGCAGCGGCUCAACAAUGCAGCGUUCUCAUUCUAACAUAAUGACAGUAAACGAAAGGGGUGGCUAUGUUCCCAGUAAUAGCGGUAGCAAUUCAGCCAAACCACCUCCGAAUUCUUAUGGUCCUACCGGAAAUCAGAAUUCCAACCGAACUUUCAGUUCUUUAUCUGGGUUGAGUGCAGUUUCCUCUCGGAACCCUCACUGGAAUAAUAGUAGUGGUCCAGGGUGUUCAUCUGCAGUGGAUGGAGAAGAAAACUUGCCGGAAUGGGCUAUGGAAAACCCAUUGGAUGGUGGGGGAACUUUUGAUGCAAGCGGUGCUUUUCAUGGCUCGGUGGAUGAAGGUGACAAUGAGGAAGCCAAUAAGCAGUGUCGAAAAAAAACUGAUUCCAGGAGCGGAAGCUCGGCCCGCAACAAUGAAGGAAACAACGUUAAGGAAAGUAAAUCUUCAGAGCCUUCAACAGGGAAAACUGGAUCAUCGUUUAAAAAUGAUAAUAGUAACAGCAAUGUGACUAAGAUUGAAGUUGCCAUGAAACUUUCGGAGGAAAUUUCGUCAGACUCGAAGAUUGAAAACUCAGCAGUUGUUACGGACACACUUGUGUCGGAGAAUGCAGCCCUAGAAAAUCCUGACGGCCUAUCAAAAAUCCAAGGAGAAAGAAAACCUGACUUAUGUAAUAGAAUUGUCAUAUCUGAGGCAGAUACAUUAGCUAAUACUUCUUAUUACAAAAGCAACAUUAACGAUUCGAUAUCGAAAUCCAACACCGCUACUACAGCUAGUAACAAUGAUAGUGGACAUCCUGACUUGUCUGAUCGCAUGCGAGAGGUUACGGACGAUAUGAUACAAAAGCUUAUUAUGGACGAUGACACUAUUAGCAUUAAUGAUAAUAAUGCUCAAAAUGAAAUACAACAAAACACCACACCGCCACUUGUGCAGGUAACAGUAGCAACGUCUAUUCCCGCGGUCAACAACUUAUGUGCACCGAAUGUGUUUACAACUGUUUCUGCUAUUCUUAAGCAACCACCUCAUCAGACCAUCCCGUGUCCGGUUUCGGUAUCUUCAAGUUUAACUACAUUAACCGAAGAUGGUUUACAUAAAGGCAUACAAUUAUAUGGUGGCGGAGUAGUGAUUGAUCAUGCUACUAUGCAGCACCACCACAUGCAGCAACAGCAAAUUGCAGCUGCAGCAGCAGCGGCGGCAAAUCUUACAACAGGUUGCCAUGCAUCACACAGCAUAAAUUCAAAUACUUCCUCCGCAGCACCAGCUGACCUUUGGUAUUAUCGAGAUCCCCAGUCUAAGGUUCAAGGACCUUUUUCUGCGACCGAAAUGACAGAAUGGUAUCGGGCAGGCUACUUCAACGAAAACUUAUUUGUGCGCCGAUCUUGUGAUAUGCACUUCCGUUCGUUGGGUGAUUUGAUUAAAUUAUGUAAUGACAAUAUGCCUUUUACACACAGUCAUUUAAUACCAAAUUUAGACAAUAUGCCCUUACCUAAUGCUGCUAGUGGUUCUGCUCGACAAUCUCAAAAGCCACAAUCAAUCGGAGAUUAUGCUCUAAAGCAACAGUCUCCACAACAAGGUGAACAAAGGGAUCAACUUAAAGGCAAUAUAAAUUGUGUUAAUUACCUUGGAGAAGCUGUCAAAAAUAUUAUGCCGGUCGAUGUGUCCAAUGUGUAUUUUCAAAUGUUACGUCAUCAAGAAAUGUUAAUGUAUAACGAAUUAAUAGAGAACGAAUGUUUCCAACAAUUGACACCAUCAGAAAAAGAAGCUCUUGUUAGACAAAAGUUGCAAAUGCAUUCUGAAUAUAUACCAAAUCUUUCGGGCCUUAGCAAUUCUUUGGCCGCGAUAAAUCAGUCGGCAGCAAGAGCCCGGAUGUAUGAUGUAAUUAUGGAGGAACCUAAAAAAAAUCAUUUAUUUAGUGGCUCCGGGAAUCCCGGCAGUCUUAAUACACACCAACAUUCACAAUCAAAUCCUUUUUUAGACCAUGAAGAUUUUCUAAUUAAUUCUCAACAAACCAUGCAAACAAUCUAUAAUACUGGUCCAUUUAGAAAUGCUUUGCCAACUGGUAGAGAUAAUAGUGUCCCUGUAAAUAAUGAUAAAAACGGAAAUGAAUUGAUUAAUAAUUUUAAUAUGGGGAUGUAUUUGCCAUCUGCUAAUUGCAAUCCAUCAUUGAUUCCCAAUCCAAAGACCCAAGACUUUCUUGUUGGUGCAAAUGCAGAUUUCCUUAAUGACUCACACAUAUUAGUUGCCAGAAAUUCCUUAGCUCCAAAUUCUCUCGUUCAUCCUUGGGCAUCCAAUAAUUCACAACAGCCUUCUAAUGAGUGGACAAAUAAUUUAUUGGUGGGAAUUCCAAUUACGGUUACUCAGAGUAGUAGCAACAAAGUUGAGAAUGUUAAUAAUAUGACCCAGGAUAUCCAGCAACCGCACCCACAGAAAAAUAUACCAACACCUAUGUGGAAUUUGCCAUCAUUGAAUCAUAUUCAAAUUGUAGAAGCUAAGCAACUAGAUACUGAAUCCAGCAAGUCAGAUUUUGAAAACCAAAGGUUUUUGAAAGUUCAAGCUUCACCAAAUGAGCAGUUAUCAGCAAAAGAAACCCAAAGCGGUUCAUAUAAAUCGGUGGAUGGUGCUACUGAGGAUCAGCUCGAUAUAUCCAUUCAAACUCGGCAGCAAAACUCGCCAACAGUGGUAAAACCAAUCGCUGCAAUUUUAACAAAACAUCGCAAAGAUGAAAUUAUUGAAAAAUAUCAAAAUGGUAGUACUAAGCGCAUAGGUAAACAGCAGACGACGGGUAAUAAGAGCUCAAAGGGAUCUGAAGAUUUUUCCAGUGGCAAAAAAUUUGUAGAAGAACGGCGUCGAGAUCAAGUUGAAGACAAACGCCGUCAAAAAGAAGAGAAAAAACGUCAUCAAGCCGAUGAAGAAAAGCGGCGUCAGCAGCAUAUGGAUGAAGAGAAACGCCGACAAAUGUUAGAAGAAAAAGAGCGACAGCAACAAAUUCAAACCCAACGUCGAAAAGCAAUGCUGGGAAAUAACUUAACUACUGAUCCGGUAGCAGCUUCGUCUUCCAGUUCUAAGUCUAAAGAGCACCAACGUGUACAAUCUUCAAUUGCACCAUGGUCUGCUCAAACGAAUGCCGCUGCGUCAAAGGGCGGACCAUGCUUAGCAGAAAUACAAAAGGCUGAAAGGCGUGAACGUCAAAUGGAACAGCGACAAAUGGAGAUGUUUGUAAAACGAGUUCGUGCUAGCGCUGCCGCCGCCGUUGAAGCAUUUGAUUCCAUGUUAAAAUGGAAUGCGCCUGUAAAAGAAGUACCGGUUAAAAGUUUUGCCGAAAUACAGGCAGAAGAAGCUAAACGAUUGGCAAAUGAACAGAUAGAAAUGCAGCGUCGCAGAGAUCAUGAACAGCAGCAAGCAGCCUCUAUUUUGGGUCCAGGAAAUAACGUUGGUUCAAGCGCCAAUAAUAUUUCUGCCAUAUGGACUGGAACAAAAGUUUGGUCUACAGCCACUUCAACAGGUUUCUGGGAGGAUCCAAUAAAAUUUAGCGCUGCUAUUGGAGCCAAUAAUUCCACAGCAAUCAAUACUGUAGGAAUUGGGGUCAGCUUAAACAAGAAUAACAUUAGUAAGCAGACUACAACUGGACUGCAAAAAUCCGCAGAUAUCACCGGUAGUGGUGAACAAAAUAUUAACCAACAGAAUGCAGUGACACGUAACAUCCGCAAAAGUCAAACUGUACCUGUAAUGCAAAACGCUGGGUCACAAAAUAGUAGAAAUAUAAAGAACAACAAUCAGCAACAGUCUACCAGCACGGCAAAACAAGCAUUUAGCAAUAAAGUUCAACCACAAAAAGUAGUUGGUAAUCAUGGCGAUGGUAGCUCGACUUCGGACAAAAAGAGUACAUCUAAAAUUCAUUUAAACGCCGUGCGAUGCGGUACUACUACAUCUAAUAUUAAACGUGAUGAAUAUGAGAAUGAAUUUAUUGCUUGGUGUACAAAAAUUCUAAACAAUAUGAAUACAAAACUUGAUGUGCCUACAUUCGUAACAUUUUUACGAGACUUGGAAUCACCAUAUGAGGUUAAGGAUUAUAUACGAAUGUAUUUAGGCGAAAAUAAAGAGUCUACGGACUUUGGAAAGCAAUUCCUCGAACGUCGAAGUAAGUAUAAAAAUUUACAACGUGCCCAAAACGCUCAUAAUGAUGAUAUGUGUAAACCGGCACCUGCCAUAACACCUUCUGGCAAUGAUAGUACCGACAAUAAGGGUAAACAUAAGAAGCUUAAGAAAAAUAAAAUGACGAAAUUGGACGCACGCAUAUUAGGUUUCUCUGUAACUGCAGCUGAAGGGCGUACGAAUGUAGGAGAUCGGGUUUAUGUGGAUACGCCAUAAUUAUUACCGUCAGUUAAACUAUUUCACGACUAGCGCAAAUGAUAUAGCUUCGAAUUUUAUUUAACAACCAGCUAAGCGAAAGGAAUAAAAAAAAUGUUCACGUAAUAGCUGUGAGGAAGAACGAAAUGCUAAUUUAUUUAGUUCUCAUAUCUGUUGCAUUAUUAUUUUAAAUUUUCGCUUAUAUACAUAUAUUUUGUUAAAUAAAUAUUGUUUCCCAUUGAUUAAACGUUGCUAUUGCAAGUUGUUCGGAGGUGACUUAGAAGAAA